AAGAAAUAUAAUUCCCGGCAAAAUGUCUUUCAUGUCAUCUGUUUUGGUUUUUGAAUUUUAAGUUUUUAUUUUAUUAAAUUUGUUGUGGAAAACAAAAUGAAAAUAGAUAGCAAACCGUUGAGAUAUGCUCAUGCUGAAGGUCACACUGAUGUAUGCUAUACAGAAGAUGGAAAAAACAUAAUAACCUGUGGACAUGAUGGGGAUGUAAGAAUUUGGUUAGAUAUAGAAGAUGAUGAUCCUACUUCACAUUGUGUAGGAGAGAGUGCACUUGCUGUGUGCUUUAAGGACAAGAGAUUAUAUGUAGCAACAGACAAUCAUGCAGUUCAAGCUUACACAUUUCCAGCAUUUGAUAAAGAUGGCAUUGUCACUAGAUUCACAGCACCAGUCACGCAAAUUAAAUCUACAUGUAAAAUUGAAGCAUUGGGAUGCUCAUCAGAAAAUAUGGAAGCCAAAAUUUGUAAUUUGGAAGGUGGUGCACCACUGUUUGUGAUGUCACAGCACAAGGGCCCAGUACUAAGUAUUGCCAUUUGUCCACAUAUGAAAUAUGCAAGUACUGCAUGUGGAGAUGGUGUUAUGAGGAUCUGGGACAUAGACAUCCAGAAUACUGUCAAGGAGAUCACUUGUGUCCCUAAAAUAAACACAUUUUAUGCUGCUAAAACUUUGUGUCGAAUGGAUUUUGAGCCAGCAGAAGGAAAAUAUCUAGCUUAUCCAAAUAACAGGGAAAUAGUGCUUUUGGAUUGUGAAAGCUGGAACCAAAGGAUGACCUUUACUCAUAGUUUGAUAAAAUGUGCUUUAUCACAAUGUUUAUUUUCACCAUGUGGACAAUACAUAGCUGGAAGUACAGUAGCUGGUCAGAUAGCAGUUUGGGAAGUGCAAACUGGAACAUGUCUUGAUAUUAUUGAACAUCCCACAUCUCAUAAUAUUUCGGCUAUGGCAUGGAAUCCUAAAGGUAAUGGUGUAUUGGCGUAUUGUGAUGUUGCGGGUCAACUCGGCACACUAGUUAACUGUUACGGGAAAGAUAGCCGUAAAAUUGGCGCCGAUGCUGAUGCUAUGGAUGAAAUAGAAACGGUUGAGAGGGAAGAUGAUAAUGACGAUAUUAUAGAUAACUUGAUUGGUAAUGAUAGUGAUGACGAAAAUGCUAUUUCUUUGGAAAAGAUAAAGAACGAAACUCUGGGACUGCAGACUGAACAGGACGAAUCUCGUCCGCAGUCCAGGGUGGCGCCGCCAUCCACUGCGCCCCCCCAACCUCCUUUCCAACCUUCAUCUACACCAACCCAUUUAGAGCACAGAUACAUGUGUUGGAAUGAUAUUGGGAUAGUUCGAUGUCAUUCAUUAGAAAAUGGCGAGUCGAGUAUAGAUGUGGAGUUCCAUGAUACAAAUGUUCACCAUGGGAUACAUUUGAAUAACUAUCUGAAUCACACAAUGGCUAGUUUAUCAUCAACUGUUCUGGCUUUGGCUUGUGAGACCCCAAGCAAAUUAGUAUGUAUCUCACUGGUGGGUAGUAGCAAAGAGUGGAGCGUUUCGUUGCCGGAUACAGAAGAAAUACUAUGUGUGACGGCCGCCAGUGGAAUCGUAGCCUGCGCAACUAACGCCCGCCUGCUGCGGUUGUUUACACCUAUGGGUACACAACGACAGGUAAUAUCGUUGCCAGGCCCAGUGGUAUGUUUAGCGGCAUACAAUACCACAGUGAUGGCUGUUUACCAUAAGACAGAACCUGGAGUGUCAGCUCAACAUCUAGCUAUGGAUAUUAUAGCUGUAAAUGGUCGUCAAGUUCGCUGCAAAACAGUCCCUCUCCCGCUAACUCCGAGCUCCAAAUUGUCAUGGCUCGGAACUACUGACGUUGGUUCCCCGUGUGCAUACGACAACACGGGGAUAUUGCGCCUCUACGAUGUCGCUAGUGGUGUGUGGAUGCCAAUAUGUGACACUAGUAACCAUUCUAGAGGAACGUCGGAUAGCUGGUUUGUUGUGUCUGUAAGUGAACCAACCCAGACUGUACGCGCCAUAUUGUGCAGAGGAACUACAUUCCCUCUUACAGCUCCCAAACCUAUAAUUAACGAGCUUGCUAUACAGAUUCCAUUAUGUGAAUUGGAUUCUGAGAAAUCUCAAUACGAGGAGCAGUUGGUACGAUGGGCGCAUACAACGGCCGAAGUCGAUGUGAAAAAUGCACGUGAAACUGCACUCAAGUUAUUCGCACUCGCCUGUCGGAGUGAAAUAGAGCAACGCGCUAUAGAGCUAAUGGAAUUAUUGAAGGACGACCGACUGUUAGUAUUAGCUGCCAAGUAUGCAUCACGUUCUGGACGUAUUCAUUUGGCUGAUAAGCUGUCCAAUCUGGCGGAUGCUUGGGAAAAAGAGGCUGACAAGCUGAAUGUCGCACAAAAUUCACACUUCCAAGAGCUGGAUACUCAGGAGACUUAUGACGUCACUAGCACGGAACAGGACUUGAACACCAGUUUAAUUAUUCCACAUAAAGCGAAAGAGAAGAAAAUAGAGAGUAUUGCGCCCAUUAAACCAGUGCCUAUCAAGUCAUCACCUGGCGGUGUAAGGAAUCCAUUUAGGAAGCAGCAAGAAACGACUAAGAGUGUGCAGAGCCCAUUGAGUUUGACAGACAGGACUUUAGUAGAAGUGCAUUCAACUGACGAACUUGCGGAAAAUACAGAUCCACUGAAACCACUUGACGGUGAAACAUUCGUUGAUUGGUUUUCACGUAACAAACAAACAUUGGAACAACAACAUCCAGAGCUGACACCCUCGGAGCUGACUCGUCAAGGCGUCAGAAUGUUCAAGAGCAUCCAAACAAAAACGAAUAGUAAUGAAACCAAUGGGCAGAAAAGGAAAAUCGAUGACGUUACAGAGAUAUCAGAUGCUCCCGUUACGAGUGCCCCGAAACAGUCGAAAUUAAGCGCCUUUGCGUUUCAAAAAAAAUCUUAGAAUUAAGCUAAUUUAUUAACGAUUUAACUUUUUGACUGACAACUCGUUUUUUUAUGCUUGACUAUUAGUUUUUUAAUGUAAAUAUAGGUAUAAAUGAAAUAAAAGAUAAUUUUGUAUAUAG